AUGGUCGCAGCCGUGGUGCUUCUAAAAAACACUCUUCUUUUGCUUGGAGAUCGAGAAGACCUUCCUCCUUACAUGACGCUAACGCAACAAAUCUCCGACUAUACGGUACGGUACACUUCGGGUGAGGUGACACCCGUGCAAGUGGUGAAGGCUCUGCUGGCGGCCGCUGAAACGAAACAGCAGAGCGAAUAUCCUCCUAACGUGUUUGUAGAAAAACACGAUGACUGGAUCAUGGCCCAAGCCCAGGCGUCAGCAGAGUGCUAUGCUCGUGGUGAGCCUCUUGGCGUCUUAGACGGUGUCCUUGUGGCUAUCAAAGACGAAGUUCAUAUCAAAGAUCACCGCAUUGGCACGUCUUUUUUAGGAUACGAAGAAGAGCCUGCAACAAAAGAUGACACGCCAGUCGCUCGGCUUCGUUCGGCAGGAGCCAUUAUAUUCUUGGUACGACUAAUAUGCAUGAUUGGUUCUGCCGCAGCAUUUGCAUUUGCAUCUGGACUGGUACCGGUACCGUUGGCGCUUGGUUUGGACGGUGGAGGCUCAAUCCGAAUUCCUUCCUCGGUUUGUGGUGUUGCUGCCCACGUCGGUCCUAUUGCAUGUUCUGUGUGUGACGCUGCUAUUGGACAUGCGAUCGUGAGUGAAAGUGAUGAGUCUUUUCCUCUCGGGAUGAGGCAACCAUCUGUGGACUUGCAUUCGUUUAAAGACACGUCCUUCUUGAAAGGCAGUCACCAAGACACUACAAGCUUUGAAUGCUCGCGAAACCCAGUUGAUCAAGACACCUAUCAGCUAUACAUGUCGCUUAUGCCAUUACGAUUACGUCCGAAUUUGCUCGAAAUCUGGAUAAGUGCUAUGAGCGUUUGGGUGAAAUGUCACCGGAAACACAAAUCAUCCUGGGCUAUUGGUCGGAGCUUCACUGCUAUUGAUUUUCUUGCUGCACAAUGUAUAAAGGCUCUUGCGCUGCGUCAAUUUCAGAAGAAGGCUGGAAAGCUAAGCGCGGCGCAGCUUGGCAACAUUCUUCGAUUUAGUUUAUAUGGUAAUCUCAUUGGUGUGCCAAGCGUGGCUGUGUCGAUUGGAGAUACAAAGAGACCACAGAUCUAUUUUUUAACUCUUGACGACGCGGCCAAUUAUGCAAGCAACUAG